AUGGCCCGAGAGUUGAGCCAGGAGGCACUACUGGACUUUCUGUGCCAGGCCGGGGGCCGAGUGACCAACGCCGCCUUGCUGAGCCACUUCAAGAGCUUCCUCCGAGACCCCGAUACGCCCCCCAGCCAGCACCAGCGCCGCCGCGAGCUUUUCAAGGGCUUCGUCAACUCGGUGGCCGCAGUGCGCCAGGACCCCGACGGCACCAAGUACGUGGUGCUCAAGAGGAGGUACAGGGACCUUUUGGGGGAAGAGGGGCUGCAGCGACCCAGAGACCCGCCCGCGGCCGCCGCCCCUGCAGGGGGAGCUGCGCCCAGCUUCCCGCUCCUCGCGCGCAGGGGGGAGCCGCCGCCGCGGCCGCUGCCGCCGCCGCAGCAGCAACCCCGGCGGCGGCGGCGCGAGAAGGAGCUAGAGGAGGAGCCAGCAGGUGCCGCAGACCCGGCCGCCGAGGCAGGUUGCAAUGGACUCCCCGCCAGCAGGGCCCGGGAGGCGGCCCGGAGAGGCGGCCGGCGGAGGGGCAGCUCCGGCCACAGGGCGCCGGUGCCCGCAGCCGCCCAGGACGGAGCGAGGUGCGCGGCGGCCGAGACGCAGGGCCGCCGCUGCUGGGAAUGCCUCCGGAACGGCCUGGGGGGACUCCCGGGCGAGCCGCUUCUCGGCUCACUCCCCGACCCCCCCACCCCCACACUCCCCGACCCCCCCACCGCCACCGCCAGCGCCUGGGAGAAGCUGGCGCCGGCCCCGCCUGCCCAGGACGACCGCGGGGCUCCCAGGCCGCAGCGGGAAUGUGCGCCCGCGGAGCCCCCGCCGGUGCCCACCUCACCCCGCUCUCCCACAACCGUCGAGGCCGGCGAGGCUGCUGGGAGCGGGGCUUCCCCACCUGCUCUCCUGCCCUGCUCCACUCCCCCCCGAGAGCCGCCAGAACUGGUGGCCCCGGACUCCCUGCAUUAUUCGACCCUGCAGAAGCAACAGCAGCGCACUCGAGAGUGGGUGGCCAGACACCCCCAGAUACCCGAGGCCCGAGACCAGGGUCCCAUCCGAGCCUGGUCGAUGCUGCCAGACAACUUCCCCCAGCUGCCCUCGGAGCCGGGCUUCUGGGUCCCGGUAUCUAAGCCAGCGCCACCAGACCUCCCUCCUCCCCCUCAUUGUCUCUUUCCCGCUGUUUCGGAAUCCUGGCCCGGGAAGUCUCCACUGGCAGUCUUUCGUAGCAUUCGUUGUCAGCUGUCCCUACAAGAUCUGGAGGCCUUUGUGGACCAGGAGAGCCACGGCAGUGAGGAGAGCAGCAGUGGACCCAAAGAGUCCCCUGGGGGUUCUGAAGAAGGGCUGCACCUUGCCCCGGGAGCCCCAGAUGGGAGAAGGCUCAGGAAUCCAGCUGGGGCCCCUUCUCCAAAGGAGGGCAGCCCCAGCAGGAGCCUUCAGAGCCUCAGGAACAGAGAGGAUGGUCACCCUUCUCAGCCCAUCCCAACAGGAGCUGGUGGCCUUGCAGGCCACCCUCAGCCUUUGCCCUGGCCUGUCCCCAAAUUAAGGAGAUCCCUAAGGAGGAGCUCUAGGGCAGAGAGAGCCAAAUUGUCCUCCUCUGAUGAGGAGUGCCUUGAGGAGGAUUUGCUGAAAAGGAGCCGGCGCCCUCCCCGGUCCAGGAAACCCUCGAAGGUGGGAGCAAUGUCCAGCCCAAGGGUGGAUGCCGCUUUGACACCAAAACCUGCAGACAUUAAGGCUACUGUUGUUGAGUGUGGUCAUCCACACAGCUCAUGGGCCCCUGGAGGGGAGAGGCCUGCAGCCUUGAUCCCCCCCAGAUCUUCCGAGCACAAGUCAUCCCUGGUCCCUCUUGAUGCCAGGGAGCAUGAAUGGAUUGUGAAGCUUGCCAGUGGCUCUUGGAUUCAGGUGUUGACUUUGUUCUGGGAGGACCCCCAGCUGGCUUUGCACAAAGACUUUUUGACCGGGUACACUGCCUUGCACUGGAUAGCCAAACACGGUGACCUCAGGGCUCUUCAGGACUUGGUCUCAGGCGCACAGAAAGCAGGGAUUGCUCUUGAUGUAAAUGUGAAGUCCAGUUGUGGGUAUACCCCGCUGCACCUUGCAGCCAUUCAUGGCCACCAGGGGAUCAUCAAAUUGCUAGUGCAAAGGUUGGCGUCUCGUGUGAACGUCCGGGACAGCAGUGGGAAGAAGCCUUGGCAGUAUCUGACCAGUAAUACCUCUGGGGAAAUAUGGCAGCUACUGGAAGCCCCACGAGGCAAGCCCAUUUUUUCCACCUAUCCCUUGGUUCGAAGCUCUUCCCCCACCAGGAAGGCCAAGAGCCGGGAAAUAUCUAGAAAUGUCACCCGAAAGACUUCCUUUGCUGCACUGCUCAAAAGUCAGCACAGCAGAUGGAAGGCAGCCAACCAGUAUGAGAAAUUCCCCAGUCUACGGGAAAGAGAAGAGUAUAGUGACUGA